CUAGAAAUGUGUGCACGUCUUUCUAAAACACCCUGUAUAGGUCAUUUCGACACUCCUUCAUUCAAACUUCACACAAAUAUGUGUCGAUAUAUCAUCUUUAGCAUACGAGUGUAAAAAUUUUAGAUACCUUAUAAAUUGUAGCGAAACGCGAAAAUUAUCUCAAUAUGCACGAUGAUAGAAAUAAUCAAUUCAUUCCACUUGGCUGUUUAACCAUGUAAAUAAAAGGCGCGUAAGUCUUAAGGCUUACGGCGGAGCGUAUAACAAUACUACACUAACAAACAAAGUGAUAACAAAGAUAAAUGAGAGAUGUUCUUGAACUAACUGUAUUACGCCUAUCUAUUAACAAUUGUAUUUUAACCGUGGCACGUCGAGCUGAAGAAGCAAUGACUUGUUGAACUGUCGGGGCUUUUGUUGUAAGCGGUUGCUAUGGAUACCAAAGUAGAUAAAUUAGAAAAGCAAGAAAUAAUAGAAGUUACAGAUACAACACAAUGCUGCUCAACGAGAAACGUGCUGUGGUAUCUAGUCUUCACCGGUUUUGCGGUCAACUACUUAAUAAGAAUAAACUUAAACAUAGCUUUGGUAUCUAUGGUACUACCAAGACCUAAAACCAAUGUAUCGUUCACUAGUGAAUGCUUUAUACAGAACAUGACUAUAAGGAAUAUCUCUGAAGAUAAUACCAAGUUAUUAAAUAGCACACCUCCGUCUAUAACUUCCAACGUAACUUUCCUCUCACCAUUCAAUACUCUGGUGUUUGAGUCACGGAAAUUCAACUGGAACGAGAAACAGCAAGGAAGCAUCCUGGGUAGCUUUUUCUGGCUCCAUUGGGUCACACAGAUUCCUGGAGGUAUUCUAGCUGGGAGAUAUGGGACAAAGAUAAUAUUCGGUCUAUCCAACUGGUCAGCGGCCUUACUAUGUUUUAUCAUCCCGUGGAUGGCCUAUAGAGGACCGGAAUGGCUAAUUUUUGUACGGAUACUUCAAGGAUUAUUUGCUCGAAUUAUCAAGCUGUCUGUUCUUAGGGAUUUUGUUGGCCUGCCAUGCAUAAUUUGACUGCCAGCUGGAUACCGCCAAACGAGAGAAGCAAGUUUGUCACGUCUUAUUUAGGCAGUUCUGUAGGAGUAGCAAUCACCUACCCAAUUUGUGGUUUCGUGAUAGACCGCUGGGGCUGGGAAGUAGUGUUUUACUCCAGCGGUUUCACCGGAACAGUUUGGUUCGCCGCUUGGUGGCUGCUGAUCUAUGACAAUCCUCAUGAACAUCCUCGAAUCACUCACAACGAGAGGGAGUAUAUUGUGAAUAGUUUGGGACAGAGCGUUGCUAAAGAUAAGGCUCCAGUGCCAUGGGGUGCAAUCCUUACAGACAGGACCGUAUUGAUGAACAUCGUUGCCCAAGUUGGUGGGGUAUGGGGCUUUUUUACCUUGAUGACCAAUGGACCUUCUUACUUUAAGUUUAUUCAUGGAUGGAAUAUUAGAGAGACUGGACUUCUAUCCGGAUUGCCUCAUUUGCUCCGGAUGGGUUGGGCCUAUGUAUUUUCACAACUGGGUGACUACUUAUUGCGAUCGGGCAAAAUGUCGAGACCAAAUGUUAGGAAACUUGCUACUGCAGUGUGUUGUAUCGGCCAAGGAUUUUUCAUGCUAGGGCUCGCAUACUCAGGUUGUGAUAGGUACAGAGCCAUAGUGUUUUUGACCCUUGCAGUGGCUAUCCAUGGUGCUGUUUCUACUGGACCUUUAGCCAGCAUUGUUGAUAUUAGUCCCAACUAUGCAGGUGUUAUUUUGGGAAUCAUAAAUACUAUCGUUGCAUCUGUAGGAUUUUUAACUCCCAUGGUAGUAGGAUAUUUGACAUACCAAAAUCAAACCGUGGUCCAAUGGCAAAAAGUCUUCUGGAUAGCCACACUCUUCCUCUUCGUCAGCGGUAUACUGUACUGCACCAUAUCUAACUCAAAACUGAAGUCAUGGAACUCUCCGGAAGGAGAACAGAAUAGUGCUGAGAAAGAAAUGAAGGAUAUGAGAAAAAACAAAGAGGAAGGUACUGCGGAUGAGAAAGGAGCAAUGUUGAGAUCGGCGGAGAAAAAUGGUGCUACUGGGAGCUGAGACAAGGAAAAUGUUUCAUUUAAGUUAGGUGGAAGAGAUGUAUAAGAUAUACUUUCCAAAUAAAGAUUUCAAACUUUAUAUAGUAAAA